UGCAUUAUAUAUGGAUAUUGUUGGAAUAGAUAUAGAUAACCCUAAUUUAUGAGUAAUCGAACAAGUUUAUAAUCUCACUUCAUUUAUGAGUCUAAAAUCGGAGCAAUGGCUACUCAAUUGUGGGAGACGGUGAAAGAAUCGAUCACCACCUACACAGGCCUGCCGCCGGCUACUUUCUUCACGGUUCUCGCCCUAGGCCUCACGCUCUACUACCUUCUCUCCACUUUCUUCGCCUCUUCUUCCGAUGGCGGCCACGACAGGUCGAGACCCUCUCAGGAGCAGAUGGAGCCUCUGCCCCCUCCGGUCCAGCUCGGUGAGGUCACCGCCGAGGAGCUGAAGCUAUACGACGGCUCUGAUUCGAAGAAGCCGCUGCUCAUGGCCAUCAAGGGUCAGAUCUAUGAUGUCACGCAGAGCAGGAUGUUUUAUGGACCUGGUGGACCUUAUGCCUUGUUUGCGGGAAAGGAUGCCAGUAGAGCUCUUGCGAAAAUGUCUUUCGAGGAUAAAGAUCUGAAUGGUGAUCUUACUGGGCUGGGCGUGUUCGAGAUGGAAGCUCUACAAGAUUGGGAAUACAAGUUCAUGAGCAAGUAUGUGAAGGUGGGAACUGUCAAGGCAACCAUUCCAGUAAAUGAUGGUGCCACCGAAAAUGAAGCGACACGCGUGGAAGCUGCCGAGGGUCAUGUUGCUAAACCGGCCGAAGAUGGUCCGUCAGAGACUGUUCCUAAGGAAACUGAGGAAACCACAACUGCUGCUGUGGAUGUUGAUGUUGAGAAAAAGGAGUGAAAUAUUAUCAUAUUAUCAUUAUACUAGUGCAAUUUGGUUUAACCUUAUAUACAUCAUUUCUAUCUAAUGACAGCCCUUGUACAUUGCUACUAGCUUAUUUUUUGGGGGUUUUAAUAAUGACGUGGAGCUUAUGGA